UGACUCCUACAAGUUUUUACGCCCUAAGCUUGGGCCCUAUUAGCGAAUCACUUAAAACUGUAUUACUAUAAAGAAUAUGCUGUUAGUACUUUUCAAGCUUUCUAUAAGUUCAGUAUAUUGUGCAUCUUUUAAAAGGUGACUUUAAUCUACCUGAUAUUUUUUGGUCUCCUCCUACUGACUCAUUUGUCGCUAUGCCGUUAUCAGCCCAUGAAUUUGUGGAUGGCCUUUUAGAAUUAUCUUUACAGCAAAUGGAUAGUCCCAAACUUGUAUAUGCAUUCUUGACUGUACUAGCUACUGUGCAACUGUUUGAGGGUUUUAUUAAAGCGGAUGUCGAUCUAUCUACACUCAAUGCAAUAUCAGAUGUUAGAUUGCCAGAUGAAAUUGUGCCCCUUAACUAUGGUCUUUAUAUUGAACCCAAAAUGGAAAACGAAAAUUUUACUGGACUAGUCAAAAUUUCACUAAAAUGGAUUAAAGAUACAAAAAAGGUGCAUUUCCAUGCAUAUACUAACCUUUUGAUUGAUGUAAAAAAAAUCAAACUGAGCAGAUUGAAUUUGGAAAAUAAGACAACUGUCGAAAGCCUUACAGUUUUAAAGGGCGGUCGACUUCCUCGAAAGGAUAUAUUUGUUUUAUAUCUUAAGGAUUAUGUUAAAAAGGAUUCUGAGUAUUUUCUAGAAAUUCCUUUUGAGGGAAAUAUUUUAGAAGCUGAGGAGGGACUUUUUAAGGGCUAUUAUACCAAUUUGUCAAAAAAUGGUCAAGAGGUUUAUUUGGCAACUAACCUGAAACCAACUUAUGCACGACGUGUGUUUCCAUGCUUCGAUGAACCAGGAAUAAAGGUCCCAUUCAAUGUAUCAAUUGCCAGACCUCAGGAAUACACAACACUUUUCAAUACUCGACUUCAUCAUACAAUUCAACACCCUGUAAUACAUGGGUACUGGCUGGAUUAUUUUUAUAAUACUCCACCCAUAUCUACGUGUGCAUUUGGUUUUGUUAUAUCAAAGCUUGAAAUGUGGAAUCAAGCCAAAAUGUUACAGUCACACAGCACCCCUACCUUUUACAUUUGGAACAAUAACCUGCCCUCAGUAAUUUUAUUGGAUGUCCAAAACAAACUUACUACUGCAUAUAAAGCGAUAAACAAAUAUUUGAAUACACCAUUGUCAACUGCAAAGGUUGAUGUAAUUGCCAUACCAGAUCUAAAUACAGUUCGAUUUGCUAGUACAUAUGGCAUUCUAAUAGUAAGAGAGUCUGAAUUAUUAAAAACUGGUGUUUUUGCCAUGUGUCGAGAACUUGUUUAUCAGUGGAUUGGAAUAUGGAUAACACCCGAUUGGUGGACUGAUAACAUUGUAAAUAAAGCGCUUGCUAAUUAUAUAGCCUCAGAAAUCAUGCUUGACAUAAAUGACGGAGUAGAAUUUAAUGGAAAAUAUCCCAUGACGAUUCUUUACUCAUUGUACUAUGAAUUAAGCAAGAGGUAUCCCCACUCUCGUUUAACAGGAAUGAAGCACGAGUCCAGGUUUUCUAAAAUUGAGCUCAUUGUUCGAAUGCUUAGGCUCGCUUUAGGAGAAAGAACUUUUAAAAUUGGAAUUCAUCGAUUUAUUAGCGAUUUUAAAAGUAAAGCGUAUAAAGCAUCUGACCUUUGGAAUACACUUUCUAAGCAAGCAAUAGAAGAUGAAGUGCUUGAUAGUUCUUUUAGUAUAUUGGAUAUUGUUGAGUCUUGGCUAAACCUCGAUCGGCUUCCACUCAUCACUAUUAAUCGAGACUACAACUCAGGAACUGCAAGUGUACAGCAAAAAGUGUAUCUUCGGGAAAGGCCUCAUGAUGUACCCAAUCAGGAUAAAAUGCUUUGGUGGAUACCUAUUGCGCUAGCACGGCAAGACACUUUAAAUUUUGCAAAAUAUUGUCCAUGCAUAUGGAUGAAUAAGACAAAGGAAUUGCAAAUUUCAAACAUGCCAAUCAAAAAUAUGUUUAUAAUUGCAAAUCCAGAGGAAAUCGGUCCUUUCCCGGUUAACUAUGAUCAACAAAAUUGGAAUAUGUUGUCGAUUUAUCUAAGGACAGAAGACAAAAGAGAACAUAUACCAAUAUAUACAAGAGCCAAACUACUUCAUGACGCCUGGAAUUUAGCUUAUGCUGGAGAAUUAAACUUUGCAACUGCUCUUAAUAUGACUUUGUUCUUAAGACACGAACGAAGUCAUAUUGUAUGGAAUCCAGUUUUUCCAUUUCUUGACCUACUUGGAAGACGUCUUGAUAUGUCGCCGUUGCAUAGAAAGUUUGAGUUAUAUAUUAUAGAACUUUUAGUUCCAUUGUAUGAGAACUUGGGCCAUGAAAAUGUUAAUGAAGACAUAUGGAAAACUGACAUGCGAAAAUUAACUAAAACAUUUUUAUGCCGUGCGGGCUAUUUUCCGUGUUUGCGGGCUGCGCAAAAUGCGUUUAAAGUUUGGGUUAACAGUUCUAAUCCAAACUUUGAAAUUCCGGUACCCUUCGAGUACAUCUGUCCGGUGUUUAAGUGGGGCUCUAUGAAUGAUUGGAUGUUUGGACUGGAACGAAUAAAUCAGUUUCCAAAACUUCGUCUUCAAAGUGAAAGGACCUUUUUACUUAAAAUGCUGGCAGGAUGCCCCAGACAGCGUGAAAAAAUUAAUUAUAUACUUGAUCUGGCCAUUCUAAAAAAUAUUUCAUUAUUCACCGACAGCGAUAAAAUAUUAAUCAUUAAUAUGGUUACCAUGCAAUCCAUUGGUUACACAUCACUAUUGGACUUUCUUUCGACCAAUUGGGAUUAUGUACAUCAAAAGUUUCAAAAUAAAACAACCCUUUGGAUUAAGCUUAUUACUUCUGCAACUGGAAAGUUUUCAACGCAAGAUGGUUACGAUAUGGCCAAAAACUUUUACGAUAAAUAUAACGGUCAGUUUGGCAUUGCAAAGCACCUUGUGGAGACAUCUCUUCGAAAUAUCAAAGAAGAAGUUCAUUGGAGUGAACAAAAUUUACCCGUAAUAGAAGAGUGGAUUGACAACUUUUUGGCUGACACCCAAUAAAAAUACAUAAAAAGUAAUACUUAUUCAAGAAUAAAAUGAAUAAUUUGAAUAUUU